UUCCCAGGCAGCAGUUGUUGCAACAUCGAGGGCCGAGGCGAGCAGGGGGAAGCUACUGCUGCUGACAGCACAGCACUUGCAGGUCUUUCCCUGAGAUUCAUGGUGUUUCGUGCCAGGGAUUUUGCAGGUCCGGCCCUUUGAGCUGCCUCGGAUUUAGGAUUAACUCGCCUGUUGAGAGAUGAUCUUGUCUGAACUGUUUAAAGACACCUAACGCAGUUCCCCCCCCCCUCACCUGUGGCGAAGGACAGUCUGACCAAUGGAACCCCGGAUUCCCCACAACAUAACUGUGGUCCCAAACUCUGUCAUGGUGCAGCCGUUACUGGACAGUCGGAUCCCCUAUGGGAGGCUGCAGCAUCCACUCACCAUCCUGCCUAUUGACCAAAUGAAGACGACUCACAUUGAGAAUGACUACACCGACAAUCCCAGCCUGGCCCAGAUGGCUGCCCAGAAGCGCCCCCGAGGCCACCACGAACCUGCGUUGAUGAACCAGCAUCUGCAGAGAUGUGAGCAGGAUGUCACCCACCCCUGGAUCUCUUUCAGUGGGCGGCCCAGCUCCAUCAGCAGCAGCAGCAGCACGUCUUCUGACCAAAGGCUCUUGGAUCACAUGGCGCCACCCCCUGUGGUGGAUCAGUCCUCCCCAAGAGCAGUUCAGAUACAGCCCAAGGCGAUUAACUGCAAACCCAUGGAUCUGAAGGGACCCAUGUCUCAGGAGCCUGACAAGCACUUUUUAUUGUGUGAAGCCUGUGGGAAAUGCAAGUGCAAGGAGUGUGCCCUGCCAAGGAGUUUGCCUUCUUGCUGGGUCUGCAACCAGGAGUGCCUCUGCUCCGCACAGAACCUGGUCAACUACUCCACCUGCAUGUGUCUGGUGAAGGGCAUCUUCUACCACUGCACUAACGAGGAUGAUGAGGGCUCCUGUGCGGACCACCCCUGCUCCUGCUCCCAUUCAAACUGCUGUGCCCGCUGGUCUUUCAUGAGUGCCCUCUCUCUGGUCCUGCCUUGCUUGCUGUGCUACCUGCCAGCCACCGGUUGUGUGAAACUAUCUCAGAGAUGCUAUGACCAAGUGAGUCGGCCCGGAUGUAGAUGUAAAAACACAAACAGUGUCAUUUGCAAGGUGGCACUGGAUGGCAAAGUGAGCAGGCCAGAAAAGCCUUUCUGAUCCAUGGGGGAGGAUAUGGGAAAGAUGGAAGAGACACUAGAGGGGAGGUUAUAACCUGUGUUCUGAAGAUCUUGUGUGUUAACCUUUUGCCAUCAACAGAGAAAGCCGAAGUAACUAUUUCCAUAAACUGAAGCACUUUCGGUUAUUCAGGGUUUUGGAAUUGAUUAUCUAAAGUUAAACAGAUGGGGGCCAAUAGAGGAAGAUUCUUAAUACUUUACAGAGCCCAGGCCAAAAACCAACAUAGACCACAGAGUACAGCUGCUUAAAAAGUCUUUUCACCAUCUGGCUUGUUGUGCUGGCUUCUCGCUGUGCCUACAUCCAGCAAGAAUAAUUAACUAUUAGCUUGGCAGGCACAUCUGCAGUAGCAAUAUUCAUUUUCAUUCACAAAAUGAAGAGUGGGCUUAGAAUGUAGGGUGGGUUUCCUUCCUUUUUCAAUUUAAUGAUUUGUUACCAGCAGCCUGUUGAAGGUAAAGGGUUAACCAUUUUUCUUUCCACUUGACCAUUAAAAGGGCCAGUUUAGUACAAAGUAAAUGUUUUCCCAAAGCUUUUUUUCCUUCCCUCUUUCACAACAGACUUUGAAGCAGAAAUAACGUUUUCAAAUAAUUUUCUAUAACUGUCAUUACCAUUUAGGUAUAUGUCUAUUCCUGCCCGACCCAUCACAUUCCCUUUUUGAUGCAGAUUUUAUUUUCUGACAGAGUGUGUCAUGUGGAAUCUCUGCUCCUUGCCCCCUCCCUCCCACAGUAAGAGGGUUAUGGGCGUAAUGUGUUCUUCCCUCCCCUCACUCCUUUAUGUCAACUUCUUUUGAAAUUUUACAUUGUCAUUUUGCUAGUGAGCCUAAGUCUACAGUUUCAUAUUUUAAAAGUUUACUAAAUGAGACCGCUAUUAUUUAUUACAUUAGCAGUAAAACUUUUUUCCAAAGGGGCUUUGAAUUAAUUCAGCUUCUGCAGUGUGGUUUUUUUUUUUUCUUUCAGCAAAUGCUGACACAGAAAUCCUAUUAAGCUGAGAAGUUUGAUUUCUCUCUUCUCCCUUCCCUCUUUUCCCCCCUUCCACCUCCCACCUUCUCAAGCUGUAGUAAAAGCAAGGUCAAGAAAAACUGGGCACAAUACACAUGUAUGGUUAUUUUUGUUUGUUUGUUUUUUAAUGAACAUCAAUCCAAUACUAGUUCUCACAGAACAAACUCUUCAGGCCUACUUUGCUGAUAAUAUUAAGAACACUUUUUUUUGGCAGAAUGACAUUUGCUUGAAAUAUUUUUUCCUUGAUUUCUAUUGCUGCUGCUCAACUUCUGACUUUUCUGUAUAAUAGUGUGUCUUUGAAAAGUGUAAAUAGAGAAAUUAAAAAGUGUCUAUUUUAGUGUGAACGAGUACUGGGGAAAGCCAAGGGUGCAUAUUUAUGGAACCCGGCCCUUGUUUUUCUGUAGCUGAUGAUCAUAAUCUUUGUCUGUGCACUUGUACAAGGGCCAGCUCUUCCCUCCCUUACACUGCAGUAACCCCUUUCUCUUAACAACUGCAAGGUGCUAUUCAAAAACCUUAGUCUUAACAUGCAACAAAUCAGAUAGAUAGGUACUUGUUGCAUGCUGAAAGCUGAUCUAAAGUGUGUGUGUGCGUGUGUGUGUGUGUGUGUUUUAAUUAGAGGAAAUGUACUACGUAAAUGCAGAGCAAUGACAGAGAAAUGUCAUCUUAAUUAGAUAAGCAAUAGGCAAAGCUCAUGUAGCAUUUUCCAGAAAUCACAUUUGCUUGGUUGUGAUACAAUUGCUGUUUUGUUUUUCCAAAUGUACUGAUGGGAGGUGUUUUUUUUUAAUUUUUACUUAAGAAAUCAUUUAUGAGCGGGUGACUUUUUUUUCUUAAGUUUAAUUGUAGAUAUUUAUUAAGUGGGGAAUUGUUUUUUUUUUAAUUUCCUUUUUUGUAUUUAUAGCAUUAGCUGGCUUGUUAUGAUAAAUCAUAGAAAAGAGAUACUACAUCUAUGUUAUCAGAUACUGAGUCCUGUAUCUUACCCUCACCUGGAAAAUACUGUGUGGAAGAUACUGUACUGUGUGUGCUGUGAAGAGGUUUGUAUGUUUAGUCAUGCACAACUCAGAGGGAAUUUUGCUAAGAAAAAAAAGGAAAAGCCUCAAACUGGCUGAACUGCUGGUUGAAUGUAUAAGGCAUUGCUAUUUAAUGGAAUGAUGUCAUUUUCUUUAAGUGCAAAUGGAUUAAAAGACGUGGCAACAAACACAGAGAUCUACAUCAGCAAUCUUCCACCUUGAACAUAUGCAAUGUCCAAAUGGCCUCCAGCUAUACAUUUUCUAAUGACCCCAGGCCAUAGGUUAGUGCAGCAGGAUAUCCUAGUGCAGAUUUUCAAUAGAAAUCCUGCUGGCCGGAUGCAUGUUACUGCAAACAAACAUCAUAUCAGAAUGAUCUCUGGAUCUCUGUUGUGCCACACCACACAUAUGUGAACGAACACACACACACACACACACACUCACACAGAGCGACUCCAUAUUCUUAAAUUCUCUUCUAAUGAAAAUGGCCGCCAGCAACUUUUACUUUCCUUGUAUAUAGUUGUAAACACCUAUCUCCAUUGGUUUCUUUUAAUAUAUAAACCCUGCUAUAAUGUAAGCUGAUCCUAGGCUGAAAGACUGUAAAGCAUUAGUGGAUGUGUUAGUGCAGUGGUAAAUGUAGCAGAAUGAAACUCCUUGUAUUCUUCAAGCCCCUUUUGGUGUAGCAAUCAGGCAGCAUGUUUCACCAGCUCUUUGCCUGAGGCAUAGCAACAAAGUUGCUGAGCUUCUUGCAUAGCAUUCAAAAGAUUCUGGGUUAGACCAGGCCAGAGGAGCCUUGACAAUAUGACGCUAUGCCUUUAGAUGCCUUUGGCUGCUAUGCUGAUGGAGAGUAUUUUUCCAGCCAUCUACUAAGUUUCCCCUUUUUGCCUCCACUCCUCCCCCUUCACUUAUAAGGGACAUACUUCCACCGUGACCUCAUGCCACUCCUGAGACAAAGAAUACAGGGACAGUGGAAUAUGCUAUGUAAAUCUAUCUAGGCUAGAGCCACACCUAGUUUGCAUGAAAUAAGCUGCUUUCCUCUCAUGCAGAGACAACAGAUCCUGACAUGCAAAGUGGUCUGUGAUCCCUGCAAGCUACCCCUGUCUCUUAGGCCAUGUCUAUGCUACAAGGACGCCAGCAGCACAGCUACAGCACCAUAGCUAGGCCAGCAUAACCCCCUUGUGCAGGUGCAGCCUGUAGCAAUGGAAGGGAUUCCCCCCCCCCAAGUGAUUUAGAAAAACCACCUCCCCAAAUGAUGGUAGUUAGGCUGAGAGAAGCAUUCUUCCCCCCACCUACCUGUAUAUACUGGGGGAGGGGUGGGAAUUAGGUCAGGAUAGUUACGGCUUUUGGGAUUGGCUUUUUUACACACCCUUGCGCACCAAAGCUAUGUCAACCUACAUGUAGGCCGGGCCUUAUCAGGAGAAUGGCACAGGGUCAUGUUGGCACAGGGCCAGAGGGAGCUUGCCGCCAUCAUCAUGAGCCCAAGUGGGAGGAAGGCAGCUGAGAGGACAUGCCCAUUUUGUGCAUCCUGUGAUGUCUGUUUUUAAUUUGCAUCUUCUGUGUACCUGGUGCAGGGGAAGCAAAGGUUUUCCCUCCGAGGUAUGCUAUGCUGUAAAGGAAGUUGGGACGGGCUUUGGCACAACACUUAUGUUUUACUGCCUUUCAGAAGCAGUUUCUCAUUGCUUUUAGUAAACUAACCUCUCGAGCUUAUUUCUUCCAUUUCUGUCUCUUUUGCAGCACUGGGGUUUGGGGUUUUCUUCCUUUCAUGUUAUGAAAAGCUGUUCAAGGAUUCCCUCCCCUACCAGUCACCUCCAUACACACAUACCCUGAAAGUUACUACGGAAGGUUUCCUUUGUAUAGAAUAUUUAUUUUGAAGCUCUAUUUUAAUAGUAUUUAUUUUAGAAAGUCUACUAUUGUAAGAGUUCUUCUGUUUGUGAAGAAAAACAAGUUAAAACUGAAU